AUGGGUGGUGCCUGUGGUUCUGUGCCGACAGUUGCUGGAGAAGGAGCAGAAGAGCCUUUGCCUGAAGAUACAGAAGAACAAUUAAGCAAUGGCGAUGGCACAUUGGAACUAAGUGGGCGCAAGAUGUCACGUUUACCAAGAUCCAUAUGCACCCUCUCAGACCAUUUGUAUAAGUUAUACCUGAGUGGGACAAUGCUCAUUGAGCUGCCUGAUGACCUGUACCAACUGCAUAACCUGCGCACACUGGCACUUGAUGCCAACCGGCUACCCGAGUUGCCAGAGGCUGUUUGCUCACUACCACACCUAGGUCGCCUCUAUCUUGGAGGAAACCGUCUUCAGGGGCUUCCACCAUCAUUUGCAAGGCUCCAGACUUUGCGCACUUUAUGGAUUGAGCGCAACUUUUUGCAUCAUUUUCCACGAGUACUGCUAAGCAUGCCUUCCUUGCGAUGUCUACAGAUGGGUGACAACCGACUCAAGGGUCUUCCAGCUGAGAUGGCAGAUGCCAUGCCAGGCCUCCGAGGGCUCUGGCUAUAUGCAAACCGUUUGGAGCGUGUCCCUAAGGUUCUCCUUCGCCUACACGGACUAGAGAUUUUAGAUCUUGAUCGCAAUCGUAUUGCAAACUUUCCAGACAUGAGUGUGAUGAAGGGAUUGCGCUUGCUCUCCUAUGACCAUAAUCCUGUGACUCGGCCACCCACGGUGGGCGAGACUGUGACAUUGGUUGGAGAGGGUGCCCAGGAAUUCAUGGAAGAAAGGGAGGAGAAGAGGAAAAUCAGGUCUGCAAUCCUUAUUCUUUGA